UUUGCCAUUCACCCGAAAACUAUUAUUUACUAAAAUAAACAAAUUUAACCAGCUGCAUAUUUAAUAAUUAAUAUAUUAUUCCAUAGUUUUAAAAAACCCCAAACGUUGUCAUGGGCUUCCUAACAGUAUUGAAAAAAAUGCGACAGAAGGAGAAGGAAAUGCGCAUUUUGCUCCUAGGUCUGGAUAAUGCCGGCAAAACUACGAUCCUAAAACGCUUUAAUGGGGAGCCCAUAGACACAAUCUCACCCACACUGGGUUUUAACAUAAAAACCCUGGAACACAAUGGUUACACCUUGAACAUGUGGGAUGUUGGUGGCCAGAAGUCCCUGCGAUCCUACUGGCGGAAUUAUUUCGAGUGUACUGACGGACUCGUUUGGGUAGUUGACAGUGCUGACAGGAUGCGACUGGAGUCAUGCGGCCAGGAACUGCAAGUCUUACUCCAAGAAGAACGUCUGGCAGGAGCCACACUUCUGGUUCUGUGCAACAAACAAGAUCUGCCUGGUGCCCUCUCAUCGAAUGAAAUAAAAGAUAUACUACACCUGGAGGAUAUCACUACGCAUCAUUGGCUGGUAGCCGGAGUUAGCGCGGUGACUGGAGAGAAACUGCUCAGUUCCAUGGACUGGUUGAUCGACGACAUAGCCAAGCGUAUAUUCACUUUGGAUUAAAUAGAUCUUUUCUUACUUCCUCA